AUGGCUGACGCUGCAUUCUCACAACUGGAAACCGAUUACUGUCCACCCCUGGACCCGGCACUACUCUCUGCGAUUCUCUCGGACUUCGACCUAGGACAUGAGGAUAGCGUACAUCAAGCUCGAGAGAUUCUAGAGCAGCUGAAAGAAUCUGCAUUGCUCGAAGAAGCUGCAGGAUUCGAUCCGUCUGGUACAGGCGCACAUGACAGCGAUGAGCUAAGCAAGCGUGCAGAGUCGCGUCCAGAGACUGCGGGGACUACGACUACUGGAACAGAUGUUACAAGCCUGUCUAACGAUAUCUCCUCGCUUGAUCUGGACGAGCAUUGGCACAAUGAGCAUGUCGCACUUGGCUCGGCGGAGGAUCUGGAAACACUGGACGAGGAAACGAAAGUCAAGCUAUUGCAGGAUGUCUUCAGCGAUCGUGUCAGCAAGUACUCUGUCCAGCAUACACUGAAGAAAUGCGAUGGGAAGUGGCAGGCCACCAUGGAGGAGCUGCUAAAUCAUGUCUAUUUUAACGAAGCAGAAGACAGCGAGGAUGGCAAGAAGCUGGCAGUCAAAGGAGUGGACGCUUUCUUCGAAGGCCAAAAUGGCACGAAACGAGGUCGUAAGGGCAAAACCAAGGGCAGACGUGUUAGGAGUCUUGAUGAGAUCCGGGAUGGCACUUUUGCCUAUUCGCCUUCCGGCUCGCCUGGUCCUACAACGAACAAGUGGAAGACGGCUGAAGAGGACGUUGACUUCAUUGCGUCUAGAACACGCAUCGCGACUGCCACGGUUUCGUCCGUGUACUACGACAAGGGUGCAUCGAUUCCUCGGACGAUCGGCGAAUUGCUAAAGAUGUCGAUGGAGGAGAGCAAGCACAUCGUAUCUGACGAUGCAGCUGUCGCAAAGUAUGCUCGGGAGUUGGGCUAUGACUUCCCUUCCGUGGCACCUCAUUAUCUUGCUACAAUCGUGCGACUGUCAUACCCGUCUACGUCGUUUGCGCACGAGCUAGCGGAAGCGCUCACCGCCAAGCCGCGUGGCAUGAAUGGUGGCAUUCAGAUCAUACCACAAUACGCGUCUCCACUCCUUACGGAGAACGACUCUUCGCGCGGCAAUGCCAGGAAGUCUCGAUCCGCAGGCACAUCACACCUCACCGCUUCAGACGACCUCGAUGCCGCCACCCGCGCCAAUGCCUACGCCUCAGCACGCGCAACAGCAUUCUCCCAAGCCAGCGCCGCCCAUCGCAAAGCCAAGUCGAAUCAUCUAAUGGGCGGAGCAGCAGCCUACUACAGCCAAGAAGCUCGCAACUACGGCGCUCUUGGCUCUUCCGCUUCUGCAGCCGCAGCCGACCAACUCGCAGCGGGGCAAUCGACCCCCACGCAGCUCGAUCUACAUGGUGUAGAUGUGCUGAAUGGUGUGCGAAUAGCGCAGGAGAAGGUAGAGGGCUGGUGGUAUAGCUUAGGUGAGAGUCGUGUCAAUGGUCGUGUAGGCGUGGGCGAGAGGAGUGGCGGAUUCAGGAUUGUGGUUGGACGGGGUACGCAUAGUGAAGGUGGGAAGGGCAAGUUGGGUCCUGCUGUUAGCAAGGCGCUACGGGAGGAGGGAUGGAGGAUAGAAAAUGAGGGGGCUGCGAUCUUGGUGAAGGGGAAGACCCGACGAUAG